CCCACCUCUGAAGUGGGUAGUAAUUAAUGUUACCUCGGGAAGCAAGUUGGUUGGUUUACAGACCAGUGGUGUUUGGUGAGCUGUGCAUCUGCAAAAUCCCGGUAAUGCAACGGUCCUCGGUACGGUGUAAGCAUAACUGAAAUUAGUUUGCAAAUCCUGCAACGACCGGCCGAGAGAAACCAGCCCCGGUGUGGUGCAGGUGUUAAUCGAAGGUUGUGAUAAGUAGCUACAGCGCUGGAAGGUGCAUUCCGAUUGCACAGUUCUGCUAUCAAUCCAAAGUGCACACAUACCUCAUUCGAAUACCACCCAGUCCGAAGCGAAUCAGGAUCGCACGUCUGAUGGUGUUACACUAGAAUUCCCGGUGUUUGAUAUUAUUCUGCACUAGUGUGCAUCUGAGCUGUCAGUGGCUGUAAAGUGAUUUGGGUAAGCGUUGGCAUCAAUAUUAGUCAUCACUGCAUUUCAGGUAGCAACAAAGCGAACGCCAGGGGUACCAAGUAAAAAAAAACCUCCCGCUACACGGAACACUGGGCCACUGUUCCACGUAAAAACCAGUUCGGCAGGACCCGCGCCAUAUCCCGAACCAAACGGGCGCAUCCGUUGUGGUGCUGUGGUUUCAAUCUCAAUCCUUCCGGUGCCGGUCGGUGCAUCGACGAAACGUACAUAGGAACGAACCAUCCAACCGGAGUAAAGAUCAACGGUAAUCCUCAGCCGGAGCAUGUCAGCGGGCGACAUUCUGAACAUCGUCGUGGUCGGAGACGGGGCCGUAGGGAAAACUUGUCUUCUGCAUGCCUACACGGAUGAAUCGUUCACCAAUUUCUACCAACCGACGAUAUACGACAAGGAAUCGAUUGAGAUGACACUGGAUGGACGGAAACAUACGAUUCAGCUUCAUGACACAGCCGGCCAGGAGGAUUAUGAUCGGAUUCGGCAGCAGUUCUACAAACGAGCACACUGCUUCCUACUAUGCUACGCUAUCAACAACCGGAUCUCAUACGAAAACAUUUCCCUCAAGUGGAUUCCAGAAAUCACGGCAAACACGCGGGUCCCGAUAGUGCUGAUAGCAACCAAACUGGAUCUGCGGAAGGGUGUCAGUAGCGAGGUGACAACCGCGGAGGGCGCCCGACUGGCGCGUAAAAUCAACGCCAACUCCUUCAUCGAAUGCUCAGCCAAAACCGACCAGAACGUGAAACUGGCAGUGGAGGAAGCGGUCCGGGCGUGCUUCCUGGGCGUCCCGGAGGCACCACUGGAAGAAUCCUGCUGGGACAAGUGCUGGCCAUUGUAGGUUGCGAGGAGCCGGGAAUCCAGGGGUUAUUUCUCAAGGUUGAAAGAUUUUUGUAAUUAGUUUUUUCGUGAUGAGCA